AUGUGUGGCAUUAACCUGGAAAAUCAAUCACGCGGAACGGAAUUUCACCUUUCUUUCUCGACUGCAACCCCACCCUUCUCCUCCUUUCAGAUGGAAACGAUGCUGCACAAGUUCGAGGAGGACCUGGAGCUGAGUAACUUCGAGCUGGCGGCGCUGAAGGCGCGGCACAUGGAGAAGGUCAGCCGGCUCAAGGUGGUGGAGGAGGAGAUCGUCAUCAGCGAGCAGCGCAACAAGAAUUCUCUCGCCUACGUCGCUCAGCUUGCACUGGCUGCUAUGGAGAAGGAGAUGGCAUCCUUCGAGUCUGUCCCCUCUCCCCCCCCUUCCGCCCCACGCCUCCCUUUCGUCUACACCUGUCAGCUUGCACUGGCGGCAAUGGAGAAGGAGAUGGCAUCCUUUGAGUCUGCCAAAGUUAAGAUGAGGAAGAAGAUGGAGGAGGAACAGGCGGCCAAGACAGAAGAAGCAAUUCGGGCAGCUUUGAAAGAUAUUGAGGACGGGCAGGUGGCUCCGUUGAAGGCUGAGGUCGAGUCUCUCAGGGCAGCCGCGGAAGUUUUGACGGCUGAGCUGGGAGCUGCCCAGGCUGCCCUGGCGGCGAAGGAAGCGGAGCUGUUGGUUGCUGAGUCGGAGAAUGAGAAGGUUUCCGGGCAGCUGAGUGAGGAAGAGGCGAAUCACAAGGUGACACGUGGCGAGCUGGAGGAAGCGAGGGAAGAGGUGGAAAGGGUUCGGAAAGGGGCUGCCGAGGCGGAAAAGGAUCUGGAUGAGCUUAAAACGAAACACGAGGAGGCUUGUAACGAGUUGGAGGGGCUACAAGGGAAGCAUAAAGGGACGUGUGAGGAGCUAGAAAGGCUGAAAAAGGAGAUAGAGUCCCUAAGGGGUGAGAACAAAGAGGUAACGGAGGAGUUGGGAACGGUUAAGGGGGAGUGGGAGGCCAGGGGGGAAGAACUAGAGGUAUUGGCGAAAGAGAAGGGGGAAUUGGAAGAGCAGAUGGAGGGUAUGAGAGGCAAGUGCGAGGAGCAAGGGCGGGAGCUGGAGCAACUGCAGCAGCUGCAUGAUAAGACGAAUAUCGAGUUGCAUGAUAUGGAGGACGGGGACGAGAAGCUGCAGAGGGAAGUGGAGGGGUUGAAGAGUGAAUUGGAAGGGUUGAGAGGAGAGAAAGGGGAGGCAGAGGAGGAAGUAGGGAAGCUGAAAGCGAGGGUUGAGGAGGCGGAGGGGGAGUUGGGGAAGUUGAAAGAGAGGGGAGAGGAAGGGAGGAAUGAGGAGGCGAGGGGGGAGGCGGAGGAGUGGAAGGGGAAGCAUGAGGAGCUGGGGCAGGAGUUGGAGGAGGUUAGAAGGGCGAAAGAGGAGGAGAUACGGGAGAAGGACGAGGAAAUUCGGACGAAGGAGGAGGAAUUACAGGCAAAGGAAGCAGCUGUUAGAGAAGCGGUGAAGGAAGGGGAAGAUCUGAGGGAGAAGGUGGUGGAGAGAGAUGGACAGGUGGUAGAGCUAAAGCAGAGGGUGGAGGAAAUGCAGCAAAGGGAGGACGAGCUACAGCAGCGGUUAGACGAGCAGGGGAAGGAGAUUGAAGGUUUGAAGGGAGCGGUGGAGGAGGAGAGGAAGGGGAAGGGGGAGGUAGAGGCGUCUUUGGCUGCGGCUAAUGGGGAGAUGGGGGAACUGAGGGAGAGGGUUGAGGGGCUGGAAAAGGAGGUGGAGGAGGAGAGGACGGGGAAGAGCGUGGCUGAAGGGGCGCUUGCGGUCGCGACUGGGGAGGUGGCUGUUUUGGGGGAGAAGGUUAGGGGUUUGGAGGAGAAGGUGAGGGGGUUAGAGAAGGAGGUGGAGAGGGAGAGAGGAGGGAGGGAGGAGAGUGAGAAGGAGCUUGAGAGUGUGAGGAGGGAGAGGGAUGAAUUGGUGAAGGAGAGAGAUGAGGUGAGGAGGGAGUUAGAGGAGGUGAGAGGGGAGAGGGAGGAGUUGCAUGAGAGGAUAGAGGAGAUGGACGGGAGGAUGGAGGAGAUGGGGAUGGGGAGGGAGGCAGCGGAAUUCGAAAAGGCGGAGACAGAGCGAAUGUGGAAGGAGGAGAUUGCGGCAAGGGAGGCGGUUGAGAGUCAGUUGGCAGCAGCACAGGGAGAGCUGGAGCAGAGAGUAAAGGAGAUAGAGGAGGUGACUAAAGCGAAGGGUUUGUUGGAAGAGGAGGUGAAGCAGGUGAGGGGGGAGUUGGGGGGAAGGGAGGAGGAACUGGGAGAGCUGAAGGGGAAGCAUGAGGUGCUGACGUCAGAGCACCAAGCGCUGAUGUCAGAGCACGAGGAGCUGAAGUCAGCCAACGAAAAUCUGACUUCAAAAUGCGCUGCGCUGGCGGCAGCGCAGGCAGCUCUGGCAGUCAAGAUUGAGGAGGUGACUAUAGCGAAGGAAGGGUUGAUGAGUGAGCUUGAGGAGGAGAAGGAGGGACGGGCGGCUGUAGCUGCUGAGCUGGCAGAAUCGUAUUCUGACCUGGCUGGCUAUAGUGCUGAGCUGGAAGCGCUGACUGCCACGCAUGAUUCCCUGAAGAAAGACCACGAGGCACUGAAUGAGCAGUACAAUGCGAUGAAGAGCGAUUUAGAGAGUAAGUCUGGAGAGGCAGGGGGGCUGGUGGAGGAAAUAAACAGGGUGAGGGAGGAGAGGGACGAGGGGAAGAAGAGAGAGGAGGAGGGGAGGAAGAGAGAGGAGGAGGGAAAGAAGAGAGAAGAGGCUUUGACAGCUGAACUCGAGCAGACACAAAGGACGGUUGAGGGGUUGAAGGGGGAGUUGGAAUCUUCCAAGAAAGAGAACGGAGAGCUUAUAGGAAAGCUCGCCGCUGCGGUUGCCGACCUUGGAGCUGCCGAAGCUGCAACAGAGGCUCGGGAAGCGGAGCUGGCGGAGGUUCGGGCCGAGCUGGAAGGAGUGGCGAAGGAGAAAAGCGAGCGGGAGGAGGAAGUGGGGAAGGCAAGGGGGGAGAUAGAACAGCUGGAGAAGGAAAGAGAGGGAUUGAAGGGAGACAUGGAGAGAUUGACUCAGGAAAAAGAGGCUCUGUCUGUGAGCCAUGCUGCUGCUCUGGCUGGGGUGGUAGCUGCCAAGGAGGGUGUGGAAGAAGAGGUGAAGAGAUGGCAGGAGAAGCAUGAGCAGACGGUUAAGGAGUUGGAGGGAGAGAGGGAGGAGGCGGAGGAGAGGAGGAGAGAGGCGGAGGGGAAGGAGAAGGAGCUGUUGGCUCGGGCCGUAGCUGCGGAGGUGCGGGCGGGUGAGCUGGAGCAGGCUCGGGACGAGGCUGCGGCUGUGGUUGGGGAGACCCAGGCAGCUCUUGAUGCUGCUAACGAAGAGAUUGUGACUAUAAAGGGGGAACUGGAGAAUAAUGAGGGGGAGAGGAAGGAGCUAGAGGAGGCUUUGGCAAGGGAGAGGGGUGAGAAGGAAGAACUAAGUGCAGAGAACGAGCGGCUUAAAGAGAAAGUGGAGACGCUUUUAGAGGGGAUGGAUGGGACCAAGCAUGGGCUGGCUGCUGAGGUAGAUGCUCAUGAAAAGACAAGGGAGGAGCUGCAAGAGACACAAAAGACUCUCGCAGAAAUGAGAGGAGAGCUGGAGGGAGUUAGGAGGGAGUUGGAGGAGAGUGAGGAGGGGAGGAAGGAGGCUGAGGAGGAUUUGGAGGGUGCUCUUGCAGCUGAGGCUGCUGCUAGGGCGGAGGCUGCUGCUGCGUCGGCGGCAGCAGUGGCGACGGCGGCUGCUAAGGAUGGGGAGCUGGGAGAAAAAGAGCGGGAGAUGGGGCAGGUGAAGGAGGAGCUCGGGCAGGUGAAGGAAGAGCUUGGGCAGGUGAAGAACGAUGUGGAACGGUUGACUGGGGAGGUUUGGGAGAAAGAGGAGAGGGUAGCGGGGCUUGAGGAAGAGUUGAAAGAGGCUCGAGCCAGUGCUGAGGCUAAGGAGGCUGCUGCGGCUGCAGCUGCUGCUGCUGCUGCUGCUGCUGCGGCUACUGCAGCUGCUGUGAAAGAAUCCGCUAAGAUGUCUGAAGGAGAGGCACAGAGGAAGGUGCAAGAGCUUCUGGAAACGAUGGAGGGUUUGGAGAGGGAGAGGAGGGAGGUGGAGGAGAGGGAGACGGGGUUAAGGGAGGAGUUGGCGGCGGCUAAGGAAGCAGAGGAGGAGGCGAGGGAGGCUGCGAGGAUGGCAGCGAAUAGAGGGAGUGAGAUGGUGGUGGUAAUGGAAGGGGAGAUGGAGGGGUUGAGAGGGAGGUUGAAGGAGAGAGAGGAGGAGGUGGAGAGGGGUAAGGAGGAGCUGGAGAAGGUGAGAGGGGAGUGGGCGGCUGAGGUGGAGCGGUUGGGGAGAGAGAAGGAGGAGGCUGUCGGGGAGGCUGAGAGGGAGAAGGAGGAGCUGCGGAGUCAGAUGGAGCAGGAGAAGGGCGUUUUAGAGGAGCAAGUGAGGCAGCUUACAGAGAGGAUGGGCGAUUUGGAGGAGGGAAGGAGUGGAUUGGAGGCAGCAGGAGUUAAACUGGCCGGUAGGAUUGCGGAUCUGGAGGAGGAACGGGAUCGAUUAGAAAGGGAGAGAGAUGGGGUACAGGGGGAGAGGGAUAAGCUUGAGGAGGAGAGGGAGAGAAUGGAGGAAGAGUUGAGGAAGGAGGGGGAGAGAGUGAAAGAGCUUGAUGAAGAGUUGAGGAAGGAGAGGGAUAGAGUGAAAGAGCUUGAUGAAGAGUUGAGGAAGGAGAGGGAUGGAGUGAAAGAACUUGAUGAAGAGUUGAGGAAGGAGAGGGAUAGAGUGAAAGAGCUGGAGGAGGAGGCGGAAACAAGGGGGAGGGAGGAAGAGGCUCGAGUGGCAGCAGUUAACGCACAGUUGGAAGCUGGAAGGGCGAAGGAGGGUGCAGAAUUGGCUCAAGCCGAAGCCGCAGAAGCUAAGCAGGCGGCAGAGGCGGCCCAGGCCGAGGCUGCCGAGGCUAGACUAGCUGCGGAAACAGCUCUGGCCGAAGCUGCUGAGGCUCGGGAACGUGCGGGCACAGCGGAGGGGGAGUUGGAAGCGGUGCAGAGGGAGAUGGAGGGGUUGAGAGCGUCAGAAGCAGCAGCGAGGUCAGCAGCUGAAGAGGCCAAGACUGGGGGCUCGGUGCGGCUGGCUGCUAGUCUAUGGCGGGCCAGGGUGAAUCAAGGAAGCUUGGAACCUAAGGAUGCGGAAGGGGAGCUUCGGCUGCAGGUUCGGGCGCUUCGCCGAACCUUGGAUGCUCUGGAAGGCGAGGUUCGGAAGUGGAGGGAGGAGGCUCGGAUUCGGAAAAAGCGGGUUGAAGAGGAAGCGGCGGACACUCUGAGGAAAUGGAGGGAGGCGUCUCUGGCCAUGGCGUCGGAGGGCGGGAUGCCGCCAACAGGGGGAGGUGGCAAGAAGGGCGGAGGCGGGUUCACUGCACAAUUUAGAGACGUCAGCUCGGGUGGAGGAGUACCGGCAUUCCCGGAGCCCCACAAGACGAAGGUCAACAAAGAUGCUCCUCCUGAGCCCGAGUCAGCCAAGUUUGUUCAUCGUAAGGCCACUCUUGCCAUGGCUGCCCUCACCUCGCCCGCCGUUCCCGUGCGGAUUAGCGCGGGGAGUGUAACCGCUGCCGCGCUUUCUUCCACGUCGCAGCGCAGCGACUAUCCAGUCGCGUUCCUCCGCAUCUCCCCGCGCGUUUCGUCUUCCGCUAGCACUAGACGCGCUAGACCUCUCCACAAGAAGCAUCCAUUAUCCCUUUCGCGGCGUUAUCACGUAGUGCGCACACGAGCAGCUGGAGAGAAAGACGAGAGCUCUAAUGUGAACUCGAAUUCCGCGAGUCCCGAAUCUGCAGAUUCCGCAGCAGCACCGUCAGCAAGCCGGCCAAUCAAGGCCGAUGUUCUAUUGGCUGACCCCGUCGCCGCUGACGAAACUGCGCAGCAACUUCAGGCCGUGAAGCAGCAGCAGCAGCAGGAGCAAUCGGGCGAAGCUUCCCAGCAGCAGCAGCAGCUGUCACUUGAAGACGUGAACCCUGUGGAUCUUGGCCGUCGAUCCCGACAGUUUCUUGACGAUGUGUGGCGGAGAUUGAUCCAGCUGGGCCAGAUAGCGCGUCCGGCGCCGGUGGACGCGGAGGAUUAUACCGAGCUGGUGCGGGGCGGUUUAGACGCCGAUUUCGGCGUCCCUAGCGCUCAGUUCACGACUGUGCUUGUAGCGGGGGCGACGGGCCGCGUCGGGAAGGUGCUUGUAAGAAAGUUGCUCUUGCGCGGGUACACUGUGAAAGCCCUCGUAAGAAGCGCAGACGCUGAGACGCUCGAGCAGCUGCCACGUGCGUGCCAGGUGGCAGUCGCUGAUUUGGCCGACGAGGUGGCGCUUCAGAAGGCGGUGGAGGGGUGCAAUAAGGUCGUCUUCUGCGCCUCGGCUCGCUCCGCCAUGGCCGCUGACCUUCAACGGGUCGACCACAUGGGCGUAGUUAAUCUCUCCAAGGCAUUCCUAGACUAUAAUCACCACUUAGCGCAGCGCCGCGCCGGGCGCAGCAGCAAGAGCAAAGCUCUGGUGCUUAGACUCAGCAAAGAGCGGUUCCAGGAAGGGUGGGAGUUAGGAGAGGGGCGGACUAUCAAAGACGAUAUAGACCUGCGGUACGGCGCGGGAAUGGACGCGGAGUUUAGCGGCAAGCCCUUUGCCAACUCCCUCGCUUGUCCUCCCAGCUUCGAGGGUCUGGUGUCCCGUUUCGCGUCCGAUGGCAAGCCGUACUCGUUGGGGCUGCGGUUGGCUGAUACCCCCUUUUCUCCUCUUCCCACUCCUCAUCGCGCUCCCCUGUCCCUCCAGGGUCUGGUGUUCCGGUUCGUGUCAGACGGCAAGCCAUACUCGCUGGUGCUGCGGGUGGCGAAGGAUGGAACGCGCCUGGAGAGAGUGGGGGAGGAUGGGGAGAGUGUGGUGGAGGAAGAGGAGGAGGUGGAGGAGGAGGAGUAUGAGUAUGUGGCUGUUGUGAAGACAAGGAAAGGGCAGAACACGAUCCGCGUCCCCUUCUCCGCCUUCCGCGCAUCAUCCCCGUCCGACCCGCCUCUUGAUCCCACUCUCAUCUCUUCCCUCGCCCUGCGAUACGAGCAGCGUCGCGCGAAACCAUCCGUGGGAGCGCCCCUGCCUCCGGGCCGGGCGGCAUCCAAGGCUGGCGCAGAAGGGGACAACGCCGCCGCCCCUGCCGACCCAAACAGCUUCAAGCUCGCUCUGCAAUACGUUAAGGCCUUUCCUGAAGGCGAGCAGACGGACUUUGUGUUGGUGUCUUGCUCGGGUGCAUGGCAUGCUGUAUCACUCACUCACUCCCUCGUUGUCUCUGGAGGAGAGGAGACGGACUUUGUGCUGGUGUCAUGCUCGGGAGCAGGAGUGCCGGAGGAGAGGAGAGAGACAGUUGUCAAGGCCAAGAUGGCAGCAGAGACGCAUCUGCGCAACAGCGGGCUGGGGUACACCAUUGUGCGCCCAGGGCCCUUGCUGGAGGAGCCGGGAGGGAGGAAGGCUCUGGUGUUCGACCAGGGGAACAGAAUCACGCAGGGCAUCAGCUGUGCUGACGUGGCAGACGUGUGUGUGAAGGCUCUACACGAUCCGACGGCCCGUAACAAGAGCUUUGAUGUGGCACAUUUACCUGAUCGAGCCAACAACUACCUCACACCUGCCCUCGCGCAGCUGGAAAAGAACACUUGA